CUUCUCUGCAAUUUUGCAACCGCGUCGUCUCGUCUCGUCGAGGAGAGGAUAGAGAAUCGAAUCCAUCGCCGCCUAGGGUUUCCUUCCUUGUCAAUCGCGCGGCCGCGGCGAUGACCACGGCGGCGCGGCCGACCUGGGCUCCGGCCAAGGGCGGCAACGAGCAGGGCGGCACCCGCAUCUUCGGGCCCUCGCAGAAGUACUCCUCCCGCGACCUCGCCGCCCACACCACCCUCAAGCCCAGGAAAGAAGGACAACAUACCCAAGAAGAGUUACAGAAGAGGAAUCUCAGGGACGAACUUGAGGAGCGUGAGAGGAAGCACUACUCGUCAAAGGACAAGUCCUAUGCUGAGGAGAGAGAUAGGCGGAAAAGCACAAGCCUACUCCUAGAAGGUUCAAGGAGAGAGGCUGAGGAUAAGAUAGUUCCUAGAGAAAUCGAUGCAGAUGAUUCUGAUGUGGAACCCAGAAGUGAUGAUGAAAGUGAUGAGGAUGAUGACGACGAUGAUGACACUGAAGCUCUAAUGGCAGAGCUUGAAAGAAUCAAGAAAGAAAGAGCUGAAGAAAACCUUAGAAAGGAACGCCAACAAGCAGAAGAGGAGGCUAAGAUGAAGGAAGCUGAACUGAUGCGGGGAAACCCCCUGAUCAAUAUUAACAACGCCGGAUCCUUCAAUGUUAAGAGAAGGUGGGAUGAUGAUGUUGUAUUCAAGAACCAGGCUCGUGGAGAGACCAAGACACCGAAACGUUUCAUCAACGACACUAUCAGAAGUGAUUUCCACCGUAAGUUUCUGCAGAGGUACAUGAAGUGAUGCUGCCGUUGUACGCUGUUCCCUGGCCUUCACGGCCUGCCUGUCUCUGUCUGAGAUCGCUGUGUUUCUGUUUCUGUAAUUUGAGUGGAAGAUCUAUAUAUGACACAACUGUAACAUCUGCUUAAUCUGGAUGGCACAUUUUUCCACUAAAAAUGGAAAAAAAAUCUAUGCUUGUGUAUUAUUUGCUUGGUGGCUAAGCUUAUGAAUUGUUUUAAUUCAACUUUACCUUUUA